CCAAGCCAAGUCCUUCCCCCCAUCGAUGCAGCGAACCAAUCGCUACUUUGCUUUCGGCGUCAGUUUGGUUUCUAAAUAACUUUUCCGUCGGCAAAAUCAGUGCCACGCUCCGAGAAUGGAUACUCUCUCUCUUUUCCCUGGUGGAUGGACGUUAAUGCCCACGAUCACAGGUACUAUCAACCAGUUCAUUUGCCUUAGCCGUGAUUGAGCCAUGAUCACAUUUAUGCCUUUUAGUUUUAAGUGAUGGGAAUUCGUAUAAUAUAAAAUACUUGGAUCGCGCUAAGACACAACAUUGGAGAGUGGGUUCAAUCCUCUAGAAAGUAGUAGUUUCUAGCUAAACUCGCUACCUAACUAUUACCCACAUUUUUUUUAAUGUGCUGUAUACUCUUUGCUAUAGUAUCUCCGGUGGCUGAAUUGAAACUGAACCGAGCUAUAGUUCCGUUUUUUUGUUGUUUAGUCGGGUAAAGUGGGUGGCAUUGAGUGAAGUCGUGGUUUGCAAUGCAUCGCUUGGUGACAUUGGUAUGGGUCUUUUUUUGUGUGUGUGUGGUUUGGAAGCGGUUCUCAAGGCAACCAAGGCCUGCUACUUUUGAAGUCUUUCCAAUGCUGCAAUCUCGAUGCCUCUCUGAAUUUCUGCUACAACUGCCUUGGACGAUAUAAACACAAGGGUAUCAAGUGUCCCAAGUGACAAAGCUUUCCAUAAGACGGGCCUUCAGCCAGUAGGCUAGAUUCUAAGCCAUGGCUUUGGAGGUGGGCUUCAGAGGAGCAGCCAAUCAGGAUACUGGGUGACACCAGACCUGGCUAGAGGUCAGAUCUGAGAGAGGAUGGAGACCAGAGGGCAACGCACAAGGGCAGGAAUUUUGUUCUGGACCCCCGCUCCUCAACGCCCCUCUCCCUUCAGCUCCAUAGGCUCAGAGGUGGACUGGGGGGAAGAAGAAGAGGAGGAUGAGGAAGGUUGGGACAGGAAAGCAGAAGAGGAGGAGGGCUUCCACACCCAGAUGGAUGAGAACGGGAUCAUAGGACUGGACGAGGCCUUGGACGAUGUGGGUCCGGGAGGAGAGGAGGAGGGACAGGAGAAUCCACCCCGGUACUCUGGAGCCUUGGAGGGGUCCCUGUCCCCCAGUAGGGCAGGUGGGCUGCGGCUGGUGGACCCUCUAGAGGAGCUGAGUUAUAACCUGAGUGAGCUGCAGGACUCUGAGCCACCUGGAGAGGACACGCACGAGCUCUCACUCUGUGACGAUGUAUUGGAGGACAAGGACAGUGUGGAGAUCUGGAGUGAGGAAGAGGAGCAGCAGAAAGUUGAACAGGAGAAGAGCUGCGUGGUCGACAGGCAGCGGAUGGAGCAUCUCCCAGAGAGAGACAGACAGCUGGACGUGACGGAGGACGAGAAGGAGAUGGAGGAGGAGGAGGACAGCGAGCCACACGCGCACACUGACACGAUGGCAUAUCCUGUCAUAGCUGGGGCUGGGCCUGGGCCUGGGCCUGGCUGGGACCAGGGCCUUAUUGUCAGAGGUGGAAAGUGGGGGAAGGAGGAGAGCGAGGUCUGUGCUGUAGGCAGUUAUAGGGCCGACCUACAAAUAGAGAAGACUAGUGAACUCUCAGAGAGUGACAGCAGAGGGGGGGAACGGUUGGGAGCGAGUGUGUCUGGAAACCAAAUUUUCCCUCCCGACCUGCUCUGUUCAUCCCCCCAGUCUCUCCCCUCCCCUCCCAGUUCUACCUUUCCUCACCUCCUCCACUUCUCCUCUGAGGAGUUGGCCUAUGCUCCAGGGAUUGAAGCCGAGACGUUCCCGGAGGAUCCCACCUUCACGGAGAGCCUUCCGGAAUCCCGCAGCAGCCGGAUGAGCAACGCCCCCAGGCCUCAUUGGCCGCUUGAGUCAGGGGGGGAGGAUCUCAAGCCUAGGACCUCCCCUUACCCAGCAGCUAUCUCUCCUGCGUGUGGGAUAUCUUAUCAACUCAGCGAGAGAAAAGAGAGGGGUGGAGAGAGCCCACAGGAUGAGGCAGGCGUUAACCAUCGACAACACCCCUAUCCGAGGAGGAUAAGACAGAGCUUAUCUGACACCCCACAAGCCAUGGUUUGUUCCUCUCAGACAUCCUGGCAUGUACCCUCACAGUCCCCCCUUCACAGCAGCACCAAGGACUGGAACCACCAGACCCCCAGGGAGAGCCCCCCCAAACCCCAACCCAGGAGUCAUGACCCUGACAUGGACGAGGGCCGAAGAGGCCCACUGACCUACCCCACCCCAGACUUCUCCAAGGUAGAGCCCAGGGUCCACUUCCCUAAGAGCGGCUACACCCCCCCCAAGAGCAAAGGCUCCCCCAGAAAGAGGUCUCUGUCAGUGGAGCCCCCCCUGGUGUUCAAGUCCCCUGCUGACAUAGUGAGAGAGGUGCUGCUGAGCAGUACAGACGGACCCCAAUCCCCCUCGCCGCCCAACGGGCCCCGCAGGCCCCUGAACUCUAUGGUGCCAGAGGAUUUCAGAUGCCCACAACAGGCCAGCACUCUGGUACAGCAGCUGCAGGAGGACUACAACAGGCUGCUGACCAAGUAUGCUGAGGCAGAGAACACUAUUGACCGGAUGCGCCUGGAAGCCAAGGUGAGCCUCUACUCCGACCCUCCCAAGCCCAGUCACGCCGUCCAAUCAGGUGUACUCCAUGAAGGGUCAAAGGUCAUGACCCUAACUUUUCCCCACGCUCAGAGGGCAGAGCUCAGCUUAGGCUCUGUUUACCUAAAUGGACAGGCUGCCCAACAAGGACAUAGUGGAGUCUCCUCUGUCUGUCCCUCUGCGGCCUCCUCAUCCCCCAGAAGCCUGGGCCCUGGAGUUAGAGAGCAGCUGACCAGGGCUCUCUCAAAGCAGGCUGAGAGGUUCCUCCAGCAGGUGCAGACAUUUGAAGAGCUCCUGAGGACAGGGAAACUUAAACCGUUUGAGCAGAUGAAGGGUUUGUCCCAGCUGCUGCAGGGGCAGGAUUCUCUGGAAAGAGGUUAUCUAGCAGCACGAGACGAACACAGACUUCUACUGCAGAGAGGGGCCGAGCUGGGCCCUUUUGAUCCCGGCAGGGAGUUGGAGGGCCGUAUAUUCCAGUGUGGGAUGCGUGUGGAGGAGCUCAAGGAACAGGUGGAGCAGACUGAACAGGACCGGCCCACCUCAGAAGCCCCUCCCACUCCACCUCCUCACCCCACCCCCUACUCCAUGCCUGCAGGGGGCAGCGAGCCCAUGCCACUCCCUGAGAGCCCAGUGUUACCUCUGCCAGGGGAGUCUGGGGUGGGGGUGGAGGUUAGCUCAGCCAGCGGAGAGAGCGAGGGAGAGGAGGGAGGGAUGCCAUCCCUGCUCCUCCAUCCCUUACGCCACGAACACAAACGCGUAGAGAGAGACUUCAGCAUGCUGAUGGACCACUACCAGAGUUUCAGGGAGCUGCCCAGACUGCUAGACCUGGAUCUGACAGAGGGAGACCAUGACUCUCCUGACGCAGGAGAGGAAGCCACACAUUCAGGUGGUGAGGGGACAAGAGAGGGACCACACCCAAGGACAGGGAGGGAGAAGGGCCACACAAGUCUCGCUCAGAGACGGCCAAUGCAAGGUCAGCAGGACCCUGCAUUCAUUCCAACGGCGAGACCAAGGACCAGCAAAUCACUUCCUCCUUCCCCAAAGGACCUCAGCCAAUCCGCUGCAUUUCCUGAUCUGCUGGCCAAUGACAGCAAGAGGUCCGAGGUCAGGAAGUCUCAUGGCAGCAGUCUGACCAGUUUGGGGGAGAGUGCUGCCUCAGAGAGGCGAGGCGCCAAACUGCAGCCUGGGACCAGGAGAGUGCCGUCCCAGGAUGGGAUCAUCUCACCAGAGACUGACAGUGGUUUUGUUGGCUCUGAAAGCAGUCGUCUGACUCCUGCAGCACCUAGUGCUCUCCACCAGAGGGCCAUAGCGAGCCUGUCAGUCCCUGAGGAGCAGAGCCCAGGGAAUCCCCACCACACAUCCCCCGUGUCAGGGCAGCCUCUCCCCUCUUCCUGCACCCCCUCACACAGACCACAGAGACCAACCUUGCUGGAGCACUGUGGAGGCUCUCGUCUGAGCACCCCGAGGCAGGUACGGGGGUCUUCAGGGAGAACCAGAGGGGAGGAAAGGAGGGGCACCUCAGCCUCCAGUUCCCCCCAGCACAGGGCCAGCAGGACCCCCCAGCCCUGGGCUGGCAGUGGGACCAGUGAGUUUGGACCAGACAGUGACCACAUCCACUCUGCGUCAGGGGAGGAUGAGGGACGAAGUGACCGUUCCACCCGAACGACCCAGCAUUGCUGCCAGCCAAGCCCCUCCCCCACUGCACCCUAUCACCAUGGCGAUCCCCUCCGAGCCCUGAGCGCUGGUCAGCUGACCAACCGCAAUGAGGCCAUCCAGUCCCUGCAGGCAGAGGUGGGCAGACUAAAGGAGCGACUCGAGGGCAGUCUGAGACAGACCAACCCUCCCAGUCCUGUUAGAGCGCCCCCCUCAGCCCAGGAUGGCCACACACACUCUCUCAGCUCAACACCUCGUACCAGGUCUGCUCAGCGAAGGAGGGAUGGUGGUAGAGAGGAGAGCAGGGAGGAGAGGAGGUGGGGUGAGGAGCAACAGGUGGAGGAGAGGUCUCCCGGGUUGACUCCUAGAAGAUCAGCCUCUGUUCCCAGACAGAGACCUGAACUGGACAUUACGACAGAGUCGGAGCAUUUCCAGUCCACACCCAGACUUCGGUUCUCCAGGCGUAUCCCAGUGUCCCCUGCAACGUGGGGAGGCAGCCAUGGCAGAGCAGAGACCGUCAGGAACAGCGGUGCCCACACAAGGCAGCGUGUCAGUAUGUCUGUAGGUGGAGAUGGUGGUGAUAAACCUGACGGUAGAGGGAGGCAGGACCCUGUGUGUCCACAAUGUUCCCCACAGACACACAGCCAUGGACACUCUACACGACCAGACGGAGGUGGUGGUGACACUGAGCCUGUCCACAGUCACACUGGUCUUCAUUCUCGCCACUGUCCUACGUGUGGAAGGUCUCAGACGUACCGGAGCACAAGCACGAAACACGACCGACGGACAGAGAGCGACUCAGGUCCCGCCCACAGAGGCAGCUGGCCAAUGAGCUCCCCCCACGGUGAUGUGAGAGGCGUGUACUUUGCAGCGCCGCCCCCUCCUGUGCUGGGCAGUGUGCCGCUGGUCCAGUGUGUGCCAGUGUGCCCGCCAGUUCUGUACUACUCCAGCCCUGUGAUGAAUGUAGCUCCAUCCCAGCCCCAGCCCAUCUACGUGUCUCUGGGUGGGGGUGUGGCCACUGGGGUUAGGGGUCAUCAUGAGCAGGUCCGAGGUGGAGCUGGCCAUUCCCUGUCUGCUGACCAGCGCUCUCUGAGCAGCUCUCUGAACCAUGCCAUCGAGGCGGCCAGGGGGAUGAGGGAGGCCUCUCGACGCAUGGCCCGCACCAUCGCCACCGGACUGCACCACCAGGAGGCGCUGUCACAGUCCUGCAUGUACUGAUGGACCAGACCAGACACACACACCGGGGGUUGUGUUCAUUAGUGUACACCGUAGCAAAAAUGUUUUGCAACUUAAAAGGGAGAACAAGCGUUUCUUAUUGGAGACGUUCAGGUACUGGUAGUCCCAACCCGUUUCGGUCUGUUUUCUUCCGUUUGGUGUCGAGUGAACAUGACCCUGGCAAGUCUUUGGACCAGCCACUCUGUACUGACAUGGACAUCUCUAAAUGUGAAUUUAUUGUACUGUGCACCUAGUAUAACAGUUCGGUAUUUGGGGUAACAUGAAGCGAGUUCCUGGGUACAGAUCCUGGGGCCUCAAGCCAGUCAUUCAGCUGCAGGUUUCUUGGUUUUAGGGAGUGAGGAACUACAGACCCUUGACAUCAGUAUUUGAUCAUCACCCAGUGGCUCAGCACUGAUAGGAAAGUAGGGUCUACAAACUACUUUAUACAGGUUACAGCUUUAGAUGAAAGGUGGAGUGGCUAUGUUAGAUGAAAGGUGGAGUGGCUAUGUUAGAUGAAAGGUGGAGUGGCUAUGUUAGAUGAAAGGUGGAGUGGCUAUGUUAGAUGAAAGGUGGAGUGGCUAUGUUCCGAUCUCAGGUAUCAUAUAGAAACAACAGUUGUGGGAUCUGGCAGCUUAAGUGGACAACAGUUCAUCUCGUACUCAUAAAAAUGCACGAGAAUCUGCGUAUUAAUGAUUUACGUUUCGAAAUAACGGACAUCUGCACAUGUUUAGUUUGCUAUGAAACCUGGAAUUAGUUUUGGACAUUUGUUUUGUUACAUUUGUACAAUGGAUGUGAGACAAAGAAAUUACAUUGCUGCUAUGGAUCUUCAGAUGAGAUGAAACUUUCACACAUUUUACCCUAAUUUAUUGAUUUUAAAUCAGGGUUCCUCAGCUGGCGGCCUGCAGGGUGGUUUCAUUUGAAAUGAUGUUUUCGAUCAAACAUAUCCGCUUGCAGUCUACCAUCGAUUUGGAAUUAUAUUCCCGACCUUUCGCUCGACAAAAAAGAAAUCGUCGCGCGGCUGAAUCAAGUUGAUGAUCCCUGUUCUAAAUGGUUUGUUUCAAUUUUAUUCUUCAUCAUUUGUGUAAUAAUGAGUUAAUAACGUUAGUAAUUGGUCGUAUUUUUAUAGGUGUCUUAGUUUGUGUUGAACACAAAAAUGAGACUUUAGGUAUACACAUUUCUAUGAUUUCGGAAAUGCAGAUUUAAAAAAAAAAAAAAAAAACUUGAUUAUCAAAUGAUUUUUUUUAAACUAAUAUUGUUGUAGCAAAAAUAUUUUUAUUUUUGCUUUGAAGCCAAAUAAAUGUUGAUGGUGAAACAACUAAUAGUUAUUAAGUAAGGCUGAUGUCGGUUGUAACCAGAUUGCUACUUUUGGCCAUGAACUGCAAGUACAGUAUGGAUGAGUCACCUGACGCUCACUGUCAGAGGCCCGUCCGUACACACUGAAGUUGUACAAACAUUUUGAUACAUCGCAGCGUUUCUCUGCACAAAGAAAUAAUAACACAAGCAUUGAAGAGACACUACACAAUGGAUGUAUACACUUGUAUCACAGCCAUCAUGUAAAAUGUGCUUGUAGAUCAGUCGAACAACCUGGGUGUGUAUGGGGUCAGAGGUCGUCAGGGUCUAACUGCACAAUGUGAACUGUGAGCCGGAAAAUGAGAGGGUUAACUCCGAUACACUACAGUGAAGAACGGCAGAAUUGCAAACAGAGUUACAAUGUAGCUACAGUAAGAACGAUACACUACAGUGAAGAACGGCAGAAUUGCAAACAGGGUUACAAUGUAGCUACAGUAAGAACUGAGUCUUUCUCCUUGUAAUAAUGGAAGCCAAUUUAUUAGACAGCCUUGGUACAUUGGUACACAUGAAGUAUAGUUUUGUUUCUGCUUCACUCGCAAACAUAGAAUCCCAAUGAGUUAAACAGGUUUAGGACAGACUUACAUUUUUUUUAA